AUGCACCGACUCACAGGUGGUCAGUUCCCAAAUCAACGGAGAUUACCAAAUGCGAGACCCCCUACUCCAGCAAUACUCGCCAAAAUAAACAAUUUAAAAGAGGAAUUCGAUUGCAUAACCAUACAACACGUCCCCAGGGAACGAAAUGCUAGGGCAGACCUCCUCUCCAAACUAGCCAGCACCAAACCAGGACACGGCAACAGGUCGUUAAUCCAGGAAGUCGUUAGAACACCAUCCAUAUCAACCACAACUGACGCCGUUCUAACACUCUCAAAUGAAAGAUCAUCAACCUACCCCAUCCUACAAUACCCCCUUAACGGGACGCUACCCGAGGACCCCAAAGAGGCAAAACGGACAAAAAGAGAAGCUGCUAAUUACACCGUCGUCUCAGGACAACUAUACAAACGAGGACUCUCGCAACCCCUCCUCAAAUGCGUCGAACCCUGGGAUACAGAAUACAUACUCCGCGAAAUCCAUAAAGGCUGUUGCGGCUACCACAUCAGGGGCAAAACCCUAGCCCAAAAGGUCAUCCGGGCCGGGUACUUCUGGCCCUCAGUUAUUCGGGACUCAGUUAUUCGGGACUACACAUAG